AUGACCCAGGAGCUCCAGGACUCCCUGACCAAGGAGCUCUGGGAGGGUAUGAAGUGCGUUCCAGUGCUCAUCGAUGAAAAGAAGGCGGCGGGACACUACGAAGGGUAUUGCAAGACAGACCUUUGGCCGCUUAUGCAUUAUGUGCUUUGGGACGCCGCACUGGACUCGAACCGACAGGACACGAAGCUGUGGGAAGACUACAAGAGCGUCAACGAAGACUUUGCCAAAACCAUUGUCAAAGUUUACCAACCUGGGGAUGUCAUUUGGAUACACGAUUACCACCUGCUACUCCUGCCAUCGCUUUUGCGUGCUGCUAUUCCGGAGGCGUGUAUUGGUUUCUUCCUGCACACUCCUUUCCCGAGCUCUGAGCUCUUCCGGUGCCUUCCAAAGCGGAAAGAGAUCUUAAAAGGCGUUUUGGGAUCCACGAUGAUUGGCUUCCAAACGUACUCCUACGCAAGGCAUUUCUUGAGCAGCUGUACGCGAGUUUUGGGGCUGGAAUCUACACCCAUAGGCGUGGACUACAACGGAUCGUCGGUCGCCAUUCACAUUAUCCCCAUCGGCAUCGAUCCGACGGAGCUGGAGAGACGAAGAAAACUUCCCAAUGUUUUGGAGAAGAUGGCCUCCAUCAAAGAGAUGUAUGCCGGGAAGAAGAUCAUCAUUGGGCGGGACAAGUUGGAUCACGUCAAAGGGGUACAGCAUAAGAUGAAUGCAUUCCAAAGCUUUUUGACCAUGUUUCCGGAAUGGCAGAAUAAGGUGGUUCUCAUUCAAGUCACUUCGCCACCAGAACGGGAUUCACCAAAACUUGAGGCGAAGGUCUCCGAACUCGUGUCGCGUAUCAAUGGCAGUUUUGGCACACUGGAAUUCGCCCCGGUACAUCAUUACCAUCAGCACCUCGAACAGGACGACUACUACGCGCUUCUGAGCAUCGCCGAUCUUGGGUUGAUCACAGCUGUACGCGAUGGUAUGAACACCACAUCGCACGAGUUCGUCGUAUGUCAGCGGGAGAAGAAGGGUCCUUUGAUCCUCAGCGAGUUCACCGGAACAGCGGGAUCUUUGAGCGCUGCCAUUCUCGUCAACCCGUGGGACUAUCAGGGUGUCGCAAAUACCAUCAACGAAGCCCUCACCUUGUCCAAGGAAGAGAAAGCGAUCAAACACCAGCAAAUGCUCGACCACGUCCUGAGCAACACCGCCGCGUUCUGGGCUGCCACUUUCGUCAAGGAACUGCGAAUGGCCUCGCAACUGCCAUCCAUGACAAGCACGACGCCGGUUCUGGACAUUCCAUUGGUUGUGGAGCGGUACAGGAAGGCAAAGAGGCGGUUGCUGAUGUUUGACUAUGAUGGAACGUUGACGCCGAUCGUCAAAACACCUGGAGCUGCUCUCCCACCGCCGGAAAUGCUGAAGGCAAUGCAGGUUCUGGCCAAUGAUCCGAAGAACGUUGUUUUUAUCAUCUCUGGCAGAGAUCAGGAGUGUCUCGAGAACUGGAUGGGAGGAGUGAAGGGACUGGGGCUCAGUGCUGAGCACGGUUGCUUCCUCAAAUACCCAUCAUCCGACGGGAAAGCAGAAGAUUGGAUCAACUUGUCCGAAGAGCUCGACUUCGGAUGGAAGAAGGAGGUCAGCGAGAUCUUUGACUACUACACCGAACGGACCCAGGGCUCCUUCGUGGAACACAAGCGGUGCUCGAUCACGUGGCACUACCGUAUGGCGGAUCCAGAAUAUGGGUUAUUCCAAGCCAACGAAUGUCAGAAUCACCUCGAAAAUGCGGUGCUGUCGAAGUUGCCAAUUGAGAUCCUGAUCGGAAAAAAGAACCUUGAGGUUCGACCCAUCGCGAUCAACAAGGGCGAGAUCGUGAAACGCCUCAUCCAACAAACCCCCGGAAUCGACUUCCUCUUCUGCGCCGGAGACGACCGAACCGACGAAGACAUGUUCAAGCAAGUCCGCAAAACCGAACUCCCCGACGAGGUGCAACACAACUGCACGAUCGGAAGCGCCACCAAAAAGACGCACGCGCAAUGGCACGUCCCUUCGCCCGCGGAACUGAACGGACUUCUCGCUGAGCUCGCCAAAGUAACAAAUUGA